AUGCGCUGUGCUUGGCUAUGGCUGGUCGCCCUCUUCGCGGAGCGAAGCUGGAGUCAGCCUGUGCUCUCAGCGGACAAAUGGAGUGGAUGCGGUGAGGUGGUCGCUGAUGCGCCCCUGUCAUUUUUUCAGCCCUGCGCGACGUCAGAGUGGGAAGUCCUACUGACCGACACCUUCACUAGCCUCAGGCUGGCGCGGAAUGUGUCGGCAUUGCUCUGGCUUCCCAAGUCUGACAACGCGCAGGGUUGUGGGGUGCACCCAGAAGACCACUUCAAAGGAAGAAUUGCGCUCCUGCAGAGGGGGGGAUGCUACUUCUCCUGGAAAACCGUCCUGGCCGAGGAAGCGGGGGCCUUAGCCGUGAUUAUGUACGACACCACGGAGGAGCAGUCGACAGCCGUCCUGGCCAUUGCGGGGCCUUUUCAAAAUCCCAGGAUAGCCGCUUACCUGAUUUCGCGCGAGGAGGGGACGAGCCUCAGGCAACGUGUGGAGAAUGGCGAGGAUGUCGAGGUGCUUUGCAGCUGGAGUCCAGUGGAGGUCUGGUUCAACUUACCUGACGCUUCCCCCGAGUUCAACGACACGCUGACGCUGGAGAAUGUUGGUGAUGAGGACAUGGCGUGGGUGAUGGAUGUGAUCGACACCAACGUGACAUUUGAGCAGGAUCCAUUUUUCAGUGCGUCCGUGGUGCCGGCACCACCCCCCUUCAGCUCUGGUGGAGCACCGGGGGGCGUCGAGGAGCUCGACAAUGAGGCCGAGCUGAUGCCGUUACCCUUCCCUUUUCCUCACUACCUCGAGUACCACGACAGCGCCUUCGUAUCUUGCAAUGGGGCUUUGAUUUUGGACCCUGUCCUGGAUGAGAUUUGGAAUGAGAUCACCAGGCAGGCGGCCGUCCUCGGCUCCGGCAUUGGGCCACACGACGUGGUGGCGGCCAUGUGGGCCGACAUGACCUGCCCCAAGGAGGUGAACGUGAGUGCCUUCCACUCACGGAGUGCGGACAGCCUUGGGGUAAAAACCGUCGCCAUCCGGUAUGAGGGGCUUCUUCUCAAGAGCCCGGCCAUUGGACCUUUUGGCUUCGAAGUUUGGCUGCACAGCGAUGGUCGGAUCCUCCUCUUGCUAGAGGAGUUUCCAGUCGACAAUCUGACAGCACUGGCUGGUAUCCAGGUCGGGGUGCAGCCAGCAACAGGCGCCAAGGCCCUGAGCGUAGGCGCGAGCCUGCCCUGGUCUUCUGGAGCCCCCUUGGCCGUUUCCCUGACUCCUUGGUUCAUGCUGCGGGAGAACGGCAACACCGUGGUUGCCCCCAACCAGUCUCUCACCAUCACUUUUGCCUUCGAGCGCCAGGCCGACUUGGCAGGGUGGCUGCACUUCUAUGCAGAGAAGAGUGUCGGGACAUGGCACCCGCGACGCAACGUCCGCUUCACGCAGCGGUUGUUCCGCUUCAUGUGGGUUCUCAGUGCCUGGGAUGGCGGCUUGCACUCGGGCUCUUGUGCGGGCGGCUUCGUGAGACGCAGGAACCGGACAUGUGCAGGCAGCGACGGCAGGGAGUACAACGACACCUACUGCAUCGGAACAUGCAUGGACAUAGACCCUGUGCAGAACUACGACUAUCCUGUGAAGCAGUCGUGGACAGAUGGCUACAACAACCAAUGUGAGGACUACCAUGUCCUUAACUUUUGCACUCCAACCGGGUACGGGGCCAGGUGGCAGAAGUGGUGGGGCUAUUUUGCCGACUGGACAACCAGUGGCAUGGAUGCCGGUGAUGCCUGCUGUCUGUGUGGAGGGGGGACUUACACUCCGGAGCUUCCGAUCACGGAAGAGAAGUGCCCUUCUGUGAAUUGCCCGGCCAACUCGCAGGGAACGAGUGUUCUACACGGCUGCGUGUGUGAUGCGGGUUACAUGGGGGUCAUCAAUGCCUCGGAUGAGUACCCAUACUUCGUGGGCACCUGCGCCACCGUCAGCUGUCCCAAAUAUUCCUCCGGUUCCCACGUGGCAGCAGGAUGCACCUGCGACUACGGCUAUCUGGGGACCAUUGUCCCAACAAGUUCUGAGCCAUUCUAUGAGGGAAGAUGUGAGGCAACGACCACUACCACCUCUAGCACGUGGACAGAAACCACUUCCACACAGACCAUCAGCUCGACCACGACCAGCUUCACAACCACCAGAUCCACCACGACUACCUCACACACCACCACCUCUCGCACAACCACCACCAGCUCAUCAAGUACAAGCGCCAGCAGCAGCACCACGCAGAGCACACAGACCUUCACCGGUACCACAACCAUCUCCCAUACCACCACCACCAGCACAUCGACUGUAAGCGCCACCAGCAGCACCACACAGAGCUUCACCAGUGCCACAGCCACCUCCACCAGCUCCACUACCCGCACAUCGACUGCAAGCACCACCAGCAGCACCACGCACAGCUUCACCAGUACAUCCAGCGUAAGCAGUACGCUCUCUAGCAUCUCUAGCACAUCACUUACUGCUACAACCACAAGCUCCUCUUCACAAACCCGCACUCGCACGACGGCCACGAUAUGGACCACCACGACCAUCACCACAAGCACCAGCAGCUCUAGCAGCACUUCAACGUGGACGAACUCUACGACGAUGACCACCGACACCCAAACCACGACUUGGUAUCGGAAGUCUCCUGGCACGAGCAUCGCGGGCAGCAACGAGUAUGCUACCUCAACUCCGUGGGAGGACUCGGAUGGUCUGAGUCUCGGCCACAAGAGAAUCACCUUUGCCUCCAGUCAAGUUUGGAAGCGCCUGAGAGCUGCCUCUACCUGUGCACAUCACAAGCAGUCAUACGUCCGCUUCAUGAAUUCUGUCCUAAACCCGAAACCCUACACCCUAAACCCUAAACCCUGUCUUUUCCAUUCGGACAAGAGUGCAGACAAGGAACGACUCCAAUGCACAGGGCCCAGUUCGGACAUGCAGUGA